AUGCUUAGCGAAUCCUCUACCCUCAAGCGAUCUUCCUUUGCAUCCCUCGCAGACUUCAUCAACCGAGCCAACUACCUUCGUGAAGAGAUCGAGAAGGGAUGCAUCACCAUAGACGACACGCAGGCACUGUACUACCUUCUCAACGGACUUCGUGAGGCAUACAGCGACAACAUACAACUUUGGGAAUACCGAAUCGACAAGGGAGAGCUCAAAUGGGGAGACUUCAUGCAAAUCCUCUUUGUAAAAGCCCAGAUUGAGAAGCAUCUCAACCUGGCGUAUGUCCCGAAGAAGCCUAAUGAUGAUAAGAUCUCUAACAAGAAAGGAAAGAGCAACAAGCCCGGAGAGAAAGAGACCUGCUCAACCUGCAACAAGGAGAUCGGAAAAGGCUACAAACACCACGAAUGCGGUAACCACAUCCCUCUGAAUGGAAUAACCUGCUUCUGGUGUAAUCCAGAAUCGGCCCCAACCAGCUGGAGGAGAAGAGAAGAAGCCCUCAAGAAGAAAACUACUACUGCGGCUACCUUUCGACAGGGAGGAAACAACUUGACACAGCCUCCUGCAGAUACAGAGCCGUCGAGUCUACUGUUUGUCUAUAACGGCCUGAAUUACGUCGGUAACGCAGAUCAUAUUGAAGAGGAUUUUUCCUGGAGCCCCCGUCGCUACUGA